AUGGCCGCCUUCAACAAGCAGAAAGAGUCCUGUCUUUCUCAAGUAGAUCUUAGCAAAAAAGGGAGCAUAGAUGACCAAAUAAUUGAUUUAGUGAAGUACAUAAAUGCUCAAGAAAACUUUUUUACUACCAGUUCUUGCUCAGGAAGGAUAUCUGUUUUCUCCGAGGUUAGUGAAAUAAAGGAAUAUGUCUGGUCCUUUUAGCCUUUAGCCUCGGGUGAAGACAGAGUGUAUUUUGAAGUAAAUCUGGUCACAUCACGUAUCCCUCUGUAGACUUCCAUAUGACAAGGGAAAGAAUAUAUAUCGUUGGCAGUUAAUCACGGAACAUUUUUUAUUUCUAUAUUUUUUUAUGGUUCUAAAAAAGCUUAAAUGCAGAAUAUACCCUGCCACUUUAAAGCAACCCUAAACAUUUGUGGAUACGCGGAUACUCGGUCACUACAUAUCCGCAUAUAUCACGUAUCCAGCUCUUUCAGGGACACAGCUUCGCACUUGCAGGGUAUUCUACAGUUGUUUUGUCAUGAUUGUUAUAUUCAGUCAUUCAACCAUUGUUCAAAAAUUUCUAGUCUUGCAAUAGGGUGCCAAGAUGCAAGACGUCUAGCUAAAUAAAUUAAAUUAAGUUAAUACUAAUGAUAGCGAUGACAAAAUCUCCUACUGAAGAUAAAAGGGAUAAAAAUAUUCAUAGCAUUAAUUAUUGUACAAUAUUAAAAUUCAUGGUUAGCUAGAAUGCUCAAAUAAGACUUUUUUUAAUCGAUAAGUGGACUUAAUGUUAACAAUUUCACUGCGUAAUGCGUUUCCAGUCUUUGACAGUUCAAUAAACUUGUUCUGGCUAGAGUUACUUGAAUGUCUUCUGCACACUUCAUAACAUAGUCUGGGAAAGCCAGGCCGUCAUCACCAUGAAUUGCUUUGUGGAAAUAGGGUUAACCCUGAGAUUGUUCUUGAUUGUUCUUCGUAACUUCAGCAGUAUCCAGUUUAACUCGUUCAAGAGGUUGGUAACUGUUCCCGGUUCCCGCAUCACAGUUGUCAAUGAGGUGUGCAGCUGUUCUCUGUACUCUCUCUAUUAAUUUUGUUUGACACAUUUUUUAAGUGCGGGUCCCAGACUGAGCUGACAUAUUCCACAUGAGGCCACACAAGGGCUUUGUAGGCUGCCUCUUUCACUGCCGCAGAGUAUAUUUGCUUGCCAGUGAGUUCUUGUUAUUGGUAUUACCAAAUCUUUGCAUAAAAUGCAUUUAUAUUUGUUAACAUUAUAGCUAACACUUUAAUCUAACACCUAAACGUCAGAAAAAGUGUCCAGUUUAUUAUAACUAUUUGUUGUUGAAGCUUGCAGAUCAGAGAAAAAGGCAUUGCGAGUGGCUGUAUGUUACCCACAGUAAUGCUCAUGAGGAUGAAUUAGUAAGUAAUAAGAUAACAAAGCAAAGUUGUCAGAUCUCUUGAAAACAGGAUCUGAAAGUGUAUGAUGUGUUACAGGUCAAAAUUAAAUUCAGGUUAAAAUAGUUUAACCCAGGUUGUUGCCUUUUGUCUCAUAGCCCAAAUGCAUGAAUAAUAUAUUAGAACUGCUUUGUAGGAGACAAAUAGACCCAGUUUAAAAAAUUUUAAUGUGAAUUUAAUUUUGACCUGUAAGUAACAUUCAUGACUUGUGCACCACUAGUUGUGUAUCUUGUUGGUAGUUCCCAGAUAGUAUUCCUAGGCAUAUUUUUUAUUGGCUCACCAUUCAUUGUUUCUCAAUACUGUUUGUAGCUGAAUUCUUUACAGCACUGUCAAGGAAGUGCAGUUUUCAAGUUUGAACCAUUUGUUUUGCAUGUGCAGUGUAAAGACCUUGAGAGUGGUCAGCAAAUGGUGAGUAGACAGCAAUUUUAAGAUAAACUAAGGUGGCUACAAGGAUUCUUUUUUUUAAGGUAGUCCAAACUAACUAGAGGUGCUGCACCAUGAAGACUACUAAGAAAUCUACAUGCUUUGAAUGUAACUUUGAGCAUUCUGAGCCACAAAUAGAGACUUGGUGCUUGUGAUGAUUUAAUUUUUUUUAAUGAAUUCCGAGAUGAUGACAUUAUUAAUUCAAAACAGCUGUUGCUGGCCAUUUUGCCACAAAACCACAAAAAUGUGGGCCUUUGCCAAAGGUUACUUUGGUUUUUCCUGUGUAAAGCAUUUUAUCUGAGGUGUCAUAAUGAUGGAGAACGGACUUAAAUCAAGAAUAACAGUAGUUUUGUUGUAGUUGUACGGUUGCUUCCUCCAUUUAUAAAUAGUAUGUUAAAAAAUAGAAAUCUCAGAAAGGAUAAAUCAUGGUAGGGUGGCCCUUGAGGUCAGUGUUGUGACUGGCUUUUUUCAAUAUAUACCUGUCCAGUAAAUUAUAAUAACAUUUCACAAGAAACAGCAAUAAAGGAUUUAAUUACUCAGAUGUGGAAAAGAUCAAAACAAAAUAUACUAUUGAAGAGGAACUUGCAGAGUGCUGUUGAGUGAGUUACCUGUAAAAAAAAAUCAAAUUGGAUCAUUUUACAUGAGUUUUUUUAUAAUUUUUAUUUCUAUAAUUUCAUUAAAUUUUGUAUAUAAUAAUAAUAUUACAAUUAUAACAAUAUUAUUAGUUAUAUUAUUAUUAAUAUUAUUAAAUUAAAUUACCGGUAUUUAUUUAUAUUUCAUUUAGCUCAAAGCUGCCCUUGUAUCUGGUUUUAAAAAUUCUGGAAUUGUUAUCGGAAAGAAGGCUAAUGUCAUAUUGGUGAGUUUAAGAACUAUUUAAAGCCAAAAAUUCUUGAGGUCUAUCGCUGGCAAGCAAUUUUGUUCUUUACAAUCAGUUGACAACAGACUCAGAUUUUCAGAUAAAACAACUUGUAAUUUAACUAGUCAUUACACGUGAGGGAAGCCAUUAGAUGAAAUUUAUUUUUCAUUUCCCCCCUCUCAUCAUGUAAAAGGCUGUUGUAAUUAUUUGAGCAUGCAUUAUCUUUGGGUCCCAGGCAGAGGCAAAUCUCAAACUUUCAAGCACUUAAGUUAGACUACAAAAAGGUAAAAGUAUGUUGGUUACCUCAAGUUAAAAAAAAAAGUUAAAACAUAUUUUUUGUAGGCUGUAAGGAGUACUCAAAGCAUGGAAGUUCCACUUGUUCAUGAUGGAGAACUUUUAGUCUCUGAAAAGGUAACUAAAUUAACAUUACCCUGCCCAAAUUCCUUCCCAAAAUAAUAUUGUCUUUCCAGAAUUAAAAAGACUGGACGAUUAAGAUGGAAUCCAUCAGGAAAUUAAAUAAUUUUAAUUUUCAGGGGACAAAAGCCUUGUACCAGAAUAUUUUAAAUAAUAUUGCAUUCCUUUUUUAAAAUACAUACCCUGUUGAGGACAACACCCUCAAUUUUAAUACCUUGCUUAAGAUAAAGGACAAAAUGCACACCGUCUUGUUUUAAGGUCAUUUAUUGGCAAUUGCAAUAAUGGAGCAAGUUCAUGUUAUAGUUAUUGCGUCUGUAUACUUAGAGUACCAAGCAAAUCAAAAUGUAAUUAAUUGUGCAGGCAAUACCCCGUUUAUAAUUAGGACAGACUCGCAUGAAUUAUUAUUAUAUACCCUGUUUAGGACAGAGAGUACAAAACCCAUACCCUGUUCAGUGACACAUCCCUGUAUACGGUAUAGGCCUUAUAAGCGAUUACAGUCUUUUCAGAGGCAGGGGCACACCACCACCUAAAAAAUGCAGCUAUGGGAACCUUCUAGGGGGACAUACACAGGAAAAAAUAACGGAUUCCCAUUUUUGGAUAUUUUAGGGUAUUUAAAGAAUACCCAUAAAAAUCCCAAAUUUGGCAAAGUGAGGCAAGUCCCAACCAGGGAAUUCCCAACCAAGUUCCCUGAUUGGGACGUGUCUCACUCUUCCAAAUUUGGGAUUUUUGUGGGUAUUCUUUAAAUACCCUAAAAUAUCCAAAAAUGGGAAUUGGUUAUUUUUUCUUGUGAUAUAGUAAUUUUACUUCCACGCUCUGCUUCCAUGUUGAAAAUAAUGUCAAGUUUCUUAGAGUGAUAACUAUAUAAUUUUUUUAUGAAAAUUUUCCCAUCUUAGUAUGUUAAGUUCCUGGUGAAUAUUGCCAACAAGAAGCUUGAAGAGAAUCAGACGAGAAAAGAUAGGUAUGUGUAUUUUUUCAUGGAAAAACCAAAAAUAAACUAACACUGCCUAGUGAACCAAAGACUGUACUUGUGGACGUUCUUCACUUUCAAACUAUAAUAGUUGCAUGUCAGUGUUGCUGUGUGUGUGGAACCAUCAGAGAGGUGAACUGACAUCCUUCAAGUUACAUUUUUAUGGAAGCUGACAUGCACCCCACACCCUUUUUUCCUGUUGAUUAAUCAGAAAAUUUCCUUGAAUGCAAUGGUAUAUUUUCAAAACACAUUUUCCUGGAAAACUUAUGUGCUCCUGCUUUUUAAGUUCAACCAACAGGUCAUAUUGUCGGUGGCUUGCACUUAUACAGAAAUAAUUAAUAACUUGUUUUUCAGGUUUUUCAGAAAUCUUUGCAACAUAUUGCAUGAAUGUGAUAGCAGUGCUACUCCUGAAAAGCAAGGUAAAAUGAAAGGGGGGGGGGGGCAAUAAUAUUGUACCAUCAAAAUCAUGGUCUUGGAAAAUAUUUUUGCAAGUUCUACAUCUCAAAGCAUUAUUUGUGAUGGGUCUGAAAUCUCAUUUUUUGCCUGUUUGUUUCUACCUCCGAGUCUUAACCUUUUACCAUGUUUUUUUAUUUAAAUUUCAAAAUUAAUGUUUUGUUAACUUUUGUGAGUCUCAGAUUUUUUAUCCCUGCCUAAAUAAUUAGCCUGCGAGCAGGCUCACUUGUGCGAGCUCGGGGAAAAGUUUUGACGGUUGGUGGACUCACCAAUGGGCCGAGGAAAAGGCUCAUAUUUUUUCCUUGCUGGAUGGCCACCCAAAUGAUUUUGCUCAAAUUGCACAAAUGAGCUUACUCGCAGGCUACGAAAUAAUAAGACUCAAACAAUAAUAUUACAAUUGCUUUCAAGAUCCUGAAUGUAACAAAAGUCAGAGAACAAGGAAAUAAAAUCAGAAACCUGUUUUUAGUAAACCAAUGCCUAACAUUUCACAGGAACCAGUUUGCUUGCCAAGAGAGACUGUUUCGCCAUAAUCAAAUAAUAAUAAUAAUAAUAAUAAUAAUAAUAAGACGAAGAAGAAGAAGAAGAAUUAAAAAUAGAUAAUUUAUUAAUAUAAAUAAAACUAGACAUAAUAAAAUAAUAUAUAUAUUUAUUAAAAAAUUGAGCUUAACAAUAUGAAUAAAAUUAAUGUAUUUUAUUAAUAUUAAAUUCCCUUUUUUCUUUUCUUCAGGUAGAACACAGAAAAAAAAAGGUGUCAGACAAGACAAAGAACUGGUACUUGCUGCCACCAAUGGCACAUCUCAACAAAUAUCUUUUGACUCUUCUGAACUGUGUAAUGAUGAGGAUGUAAUGGACUGCUUGGUCUCUUUUUAUGGGGAUGUACCCUAA